UUGUUUGAUUUGUUUGUUCAGUCGUGACGCUUUGUCAGUUCUGGUUUCCGAGUAAACUGUACUUUAUCGAAGAAAAAAACACAUAUUAAAGCCUUAAGAGGGCGCCCAAUCUGCAGUCUUCCAAGGUUUUAUCGAAGUACAGCCCAAAACUUUGUCGAUAGCAGUGAAUUCGAAAUCCAGCGUUGGUAACUUGGCAAAGGUUGAUGUGUUUACAUUUCCAACAAUAAUUCGUCAUUGAGAAUCAUAUAAAAAUGGAAAAAAAGAAGCAAGUGAUAGUUGUGUCCCUUCCUGGAGAAAGUGAUGGUCAGUAUUAUGAAUAUCUUAGAGAUAUAGUCAAGUUUUUCAUAGAAAUGGAUGAGAAGACAAAUGGUAGAGACCAUCUCUUCAUUAUCCAUGACAAAUCAGGCAGAUGGUAUCUUAACCGCCAUGAGUUUAAGAAUGCUCAUCUGAUUGAGGUGGACCAAUAUUUGGAUCUGUGGAUGAGAGAUUCCCCUCCAACAAUGCCAAAACUUCAAAUCAAGUUUAAGUACAGACCAGGAUAUAUCAAGUCAUCUGAAGCAAAGAGAGUCACUCAAGCAUUUGAAAAAUUUGCCACCCAAGUUGGAUUACCCUCUCUGGAACAUUGCAAUCUUGUUCUUGAAGGAGGAAACAUUGUAGAAAAUGGAGUAGACUGUGCAGUUGUAACUGACAGAGUUUUUAAGGAAAACAAGGGAAAAAGCGAAGAUAAUGUGGUGAAAGCCUUAGAAUCUGCUAUCAAAAGAAAGGUAGUGUUCACACCAGAUCCAGAGGAUUCCACAGGACACUCUGAUGGUACUGUGUCAUUUGUUGAAAAAGAUGUUCUGCUUAUAGCUUCAUAUCCUGAUCCAGAUGGCCAAGAAUACCUUCAUGAAGUUGAAAAUGAAGUCAAGAAGGAAUGCCCAAGCAUACAAGCUAUACCAUUACCUUGCUAUAUGGUGAAUAAAAAGUACCGUGGCUUUACAUCAGCUGAAGGUUCCUAUGCAAACUCUCUGGUGACAUACAAUGCAGUUUAUCUACCUUUCUUUUCAAACCAAACAAGUAAUCAAAAAGCCUUUGAUGUCUUCAAGAGUUCCACAGACAAAGAGGUUGUACCUGUGCAUAGUGCUGGAAAACUUGCUGUUCUUGGAGGUAGCAUUCGCUGUCUGACUUGGCAAAUUGAUCAAGAUCAUCCAGUUGCUCAGAGUUUGUUUCGAUACAUUGAAGGCAGUGGAGAUGAUGGUCAAGAUAAUGAUGAUGGUAGUGAGAAUGAGAAUUGAAAAGUAAACACAUAUAUGCCAUAAAAAAUAGUAUUCAAAAAAGUAUUGAUUAUACAUACAGUACAUGUAUCAACACUGAUUGUUCAUAGUCACCAUUGCAUUGAUCAUUAAUAUUAUGUA